ACAGCGCGCGCUUUUUUUUUGGCGGGGCGGGUGCGGAAGUGGCGCGAGUGGGCUCCGUACGGCGCGUGGGGGGGGGCCCGGCCGCUCGCCCCAUCUUUCCCCCACCGCGGACGGGCAGGGGGACGCGCAGUGGAGCGGAGGGUGAACGCGGGCAGCGCUCUGCGUUCCGCUUGGAGCUGCGGAUGCCCCCGGAGAACGGGGCGUGGAGGUGCCCCGCAGCGCAGCUGUGACCCUCGGCCGGGCAGAUGGAGCUCCCCUGGCUGCAGCUCCUGGCCAAGCCCUGCCGCCUGCUGCUCUACGCUCUCUCCUCCGGCCCCACUGGGACGCUGGCUGCUCUCCGUGCACUGCAGCGGGUGGAGGCCCAGGAAGGACCGGGGCAGGCGUUCCCCUGGCGGAGCUUUGUGGACGCACUGUGCGCGGAGGAGCCGACGCUGGAGGGGCCGGAUGGGGCCCUGGCUGUCAAACCACGGCUGCUGUUGCUCCCUGUCGUGUGCCAGAGGAACCUCUUCACCCUGCUGCAUGCAGUAGCAGCAGUGGUACCCACAGACUGCCUCCGCCAGCUGCUGCAUGCUGCAGGGCAGGACCCCCAGCCGGACCCCUGGGUGCAGGCACUGGGGGUGCUGCUGCUGCGGGGAGAGGAGAGCUCCUCCCCACCUCCCUCUGCCCUGACGGCCACCUGCCAGCAGCAGCUCAGGUGUCUGUGCCAGAAAAUUGCCCAGAGCAAAGCAGAGGGGCAAAGGAAACUGAAGUGGUGCUUCAGCAAGCAGGACGGGGAUGCGGCUGGUUGCGUGCUCCCAGGGGGGAAGCGCAAGAAGGUGCUGGAGGAAAGUCUGGAGCUGAGUGAGGAGAGGGAGGGGAAGAGGCCGCUGCUGGAGGAUGCGGUGUUUGAGCUGCAGGGAGGUCUGGAUGGCACAGGAGGAGUGGGAGAGGAGGUGCCUGGGGAGACAUCAGGGGAUGGAUCAGCGCAGAGCCCGGCUGGGGCUGCCCUGGAAAGCCCCCCACAGGACGCAGACAAGGAGCCCAGGAGGAUUUCAGGGCCGGACGUGGCAGUGGAAGUCCAGUCCUUUAUCCAGAUGCAUGGACCGAGGCUGAAAAUGCUGCUGCUGCAAGAGGCCCACCACACAGAGCUGAGCAUCCCACCUGAGCUGCACAUCCUCAACAGCUGCUCUCCAAGCCAGCUCGAGGGGCUGUGCUCCUUCCUCCAGCUCUCCACGUGUCCAGAGCAGCUCCUGGUGCGGUUCUGCAGCUGGUUGCUGUCUCUCACACCUGACCUCAGCUAUGCCAGCGCGGCUGUCCUGGCUGAGCAGCUCUUCCUCCCACGAGUCCUGUCCCUUGCACAGCCACCCUCCCGCCACCUUAUGGCUGCCCUCACCUCGUUCUGCUCAAAGUACUCGGAGCCCUUCUGUCAGGUCCUGGUGGCUCCAGUCCUGCAGGAGCCGGGGCAAGGCACUGAGCAGAUCAAGCUGGUGUGUGAGCUCGUAGAGGAGUGCCUGGAGCCUGACUCUGUGAGAAUGGUGCUGGGCCAGGUGCUGGCGGUCCCUCUGUCUGAGAAGCUGCUGCCGGUGGUGCUGGCAGUGCUGGGGAGGCAGGAGCUGCUGCCCUCUGAGCUCUUCGACCUCCUGGUGCUCACCCUGUGCCGGCAGGCCCCAGCCUUCACCGCAUCGCUGAGCUACGCCAAGCUGGUAACAGCCAUAGUCACCACGUACCGCAGCCAGCUCACCCCGUCCCACCGCAGCCGUCUGGCAGCAGCUCUGGAUGGCAGCAACGCGGCCCUGAGGAGAUCUCUGCAGGCAGUGCUGGAAGGAGCGCCGGGCAGGUGAGCAGCGAGGGAAGGGCUGGAGGCUUCCAUGGACGGAGGAUGGCUGUGUGUCCCUCAUCCGCACAAUAGGGACCCAGCGUGUGGCCCUGAAAGCCGGGAGGGCUGCGGGUGUGUGGGAGCUGGGCUGUGGCUGUGCAGCACUGUCCCAGCGGGUACUCUGACCUGUGCAGAUAAUGAUUUCCUCAGUUAAACGUUAAUUUUCCAGCUUC